AUGUCCACGAGCUGCUUUCCGGACGGUGGUGAGGACGGCUGGCUGGCCCCCAGCAGCGGGACCAUUGUGAAUAUUGCGUCUGCUAAAGAUGACGCCGCCAUUGAGCCGUUGGUAAAGUCCCUCGCUACAAAGCUUCAGCCGCGCAACGUGCAGGUAAACUGCGUUUUGCUGCCGCCGCGGCAACCUGGGGACGAAGCAAACGUCGAGAUCCACGACGACUCCGCUGUGCUGUCGCACUCGAUCCUGUUCUUGCUGUCGCCGGCGAGUCGGCUUCUGUCCGGCAGCGUGCUGCGUCUCCAGAAGGACAAGUCACCCUCGCCGGCAGAUAGGAGGGCGGAGGUGCCACCGCCUGCGGGUGAGGCCGCAGCUGCCGAUGUUAUCGACAGCCAUUCAAUUUAA